AUGGCCAACAAUCAUCAGUCAAUUGCCCCAGCUUCAUCCCCAGAAUAUGCUGAGCUUUUAAGAAGACUCAUCACUAUGGAGGAAAGCCUCAAGACUAUGGAUUCCAACAUUGGCAUUGUCAUCAAGAGCAACAAAGAUUUAUUGGAAAUACUUGGUAGCAUUGCCAAUGCCUCUGGAGAACUUCUUGCAGUUAUUGCUUCUAAUACUAUACAUGCUUCUGCUUCUGUCCCUUUCGCAGCUUCUUCCAUUGGUUCUACUCUGGAUUGGCAUACAACACCUUCUGUUGCUUCUUCUGUUGCUCCUUCUGUUGCUCCUUCUGUUGCUCCUUCUGUUGCUCCUUCUGUUGCUUCUUCUGUUGGUCCAGUGGUUCUUACUGGUGCAAACGCUGGUGAGCUUAGUAAACAGGAUCACAAUAGAGUUUUAGCUCUUAUCCGAGGAGAGUUGAAGGAACACAACUUCAAAUCAAAUAAGCCGGAACUAGUUGCAGCUAAUGACAGCAAGCGCAGUUGGGAUGUUAAUGUUGAUUACAGACUUCCACCCAACAGACAGCUGAUGCAUGACCUUCAUGCAUACCUGGCUCCAAAGGCCAAUAUUAGCGAUUGUAUAUACACAAACUUUUGUGGAAUGAGACGCCAAAUCAAGGAAUUAUAUGAAUCGCGCAAAAAGACAAAUUCUCGGUCAAGAAGAGCAGGUCAAGAGACCGAUUAUUUUGACUGCUGUGAGCUGACCUACCAUACAUUCAAGGCUGAAAUUGAUGUAAAGAUGGAUAAGAGCUGCAACAGACUCUUACAAAAAGAAGAGAUGUCUGAGAGCGAAUCUAAAGACGAUAUACCUGGAGUCUUGAGCAAGCAUGAGAUUUGUACAGUGCGUCCAAGUUGGAGAAGCAAUGAGUUUCUUGCGGUUGUUGAUGAUUUUAUGCACAAUCGCAUAGACUUCAAUUCGCGUCAGAUGUUGACGAAGUCCUUCAGUAGAGAUGCUGUUUUAGCAGUCCCGCCUAGAUUGACGUCCCUUCUCCCUCACUGGGCUUUUAGAGAUGAGUUUCAAUAA